AUGCAAUUGUUCGUCAAGACCCUCACCGGAAAAACAAUCACUGUCGAGGCCAAAAGCUUGGACACAAUCGACACUGUCAAAGCCAAGAUUCAGGACAAAGAAGGGAUCCCACCCGAUCAGCAGCGGCUUAUCUUCGCCGGAAAGCAACUCGAAAACGGGCGAACGCUGGGCGAUUACAACAUCCAAAAGGAAUCGACUCUCCAUCUCGUUCUCCGGCUACGUGGCGGCAUGCAAAUCUUCGUCAAGACCCUCACCGGAAAAACAAUCACUGUCAAUGUCGAAAGCUUGGACACAAUCGACACUGUCAAAGCCAAGAUUCAGGACAAAGAAGGGAUCCCACCCGAUCAGCAGCGGCUUAUCUUCGCCGGAAAGCAGCUCGAAAACGGGCGAACGCUGGCCGAUUACAACAUUCAAAAGGAAUCAACUAUCCAUCUCGUUCUCCGCCUACGUGGCGGCAUGCAAAUCUUCGUCAAGACACUCACAGGAAAAACAAUCACUGUCAAUGUCGAAAGCUUGGACACAAUCGACACUGUCAAAGCCAAGAUUCAGGACAAAGAAGGGAUUCCGCCCGAUCAGCAAAGGCUUAUCUUCGCCGGAAAACAGCUUGAAAACGGGCGAACGCUGGCCGAUUACAACAUCCAAAAGGAAUCGACUCUCCAUCUCGUUCUCCGGCUACGUGGCGGCAUGCAAAUCUUCGUCAAGACCCUCACCGGAAAAACAAUCACUGUCAAUGUCGAAAGCUUGGACACAAUUGACACUGUCAAAGCCAAGAUUCAGGACAAAGAAGGGAUUCCGCCCGAUCAGCAAAGGCUUAUCUUCACCGGAAAACAGCUUGAAAACGGGCGAACGCUGGCCGAUUACAACAUUCAAAAGGAAUCGACUAUCCAUCUCGUUCUCCGCCUACGUGGCGGCAUGCAAAUCUUCGUCAAGACCCUCACCGGAAAAACAAUCACCCUUGAAGCUGAAAUCUUCGACACGAUCGACAACGUGAAAGCCAAGAUUCAGGACAAAGAAGGGAUUCCAACCGAUCAGCAGCGCCUGAUUUUUGGCGGAAAACAGCUCGAAAACGGGUGGACGCUAGCCGAUUACAACAUACAAAAGGAGUCGACUCUUCAUCUCGUUCUCCGCCUACGUGGCGGCAUGCAAAUCUUCGUCAAGACACUCACCGGAAAAACAAUCACCCUUGAAGCCGAAAUCUUCGACACGAUCGACAAUGUGAAGGCCAAGAUUCAGGACAAAGAAGGGAUUCCAUGCGAUCAGCAGCGGCUUAUCUUCGCCGGAAAACAGCUCGAAAACGGGCGAACGCUGGCCGACUACAAUAUACAGAAGGAGUCGACUCUGCAUCUCGUCUUGAGGCUUCGGGGCGGCUUUGUUUUGAAUUCUAUUUGA